AUUAGUCUCUCUGAAACUACUACGACUGAGCCCAACUCAGAACAAAACGAAUCGAAUCACCUUAAAAUGAAAUUCGCAAUUGUUUUACUCGUCGCCAGCGUCGCUUGCAUCAAUGCCCAGGCCUUUGGUCCCUUUGCGGGUGCCAAUCCUUUCGCGGCUGCAUUUAAUCCGUAUCUGAAUGGAGUUUUUGGUGGAGCUGCGCCCGGAGCGGGUGCCGUUGUCGGUGGAGCUCCGGCCGGACCUGCUGCAGUCGUACCACCAGCGGCAGCGCCUUUUGGCGGCUUCUCUGUCUCCUCCUUCUUCCAGUCCAUAGUGCUGCAGAAGGAGGCAGAUCGUCUGCUCAACCAGCCCAAUUUCCCCGCCGACUUGUCCGAGCGCGUCCUCGAUGUGCUGGCCAAUGCCGAGCUCGCGUUCGCCAACUGCAAUACCGCGACGCUGCCCUGGCUGCAGAUCCGUUGCGUCAAGCCCGCCCUGACCACCGCCAAGAACGAUCUGAAGCUCAUCGAUGACGAGUGGCAGGCACGUCUGGCUGCCACCACUGCAGCCGCAGUAGCAGCCGGCCCAGUCCAGAUCUAAGACGACUCAAUUGGAAUCACCCGAACAACAACAAACAAACAUACUUUAAGUGCAAUACACCAGCAUAGAUUCGAUAUACUUUAAAUAAACCUUUUUCAAAGCACCCAA